GUCUACACCCAGGAGUACUACCCCCGCUCCCUGCGAAGCCGGGCUUGCAAGGUCAGCCGGACAGCAGUCAUCCUGGUCGCUGUCGCCCUCGCUGCUAUCAUCUCCCUGCACUCCCUGCUUCGGCACUCGUACACCGAAUAUGCGCAAAUCACUGCCCCCUCUAACAUCACCAACUACUUUCACUGGCCUACGCAUGAGAUGACGACGAUAGUGGACGUACCGACGCACGAAACCUGGGUCAAUGGCACAAAACGAGCGAACGCGGUGCUCCUCAUGCUCGUGCGCAACUCCGAGCAGGAGAUGGCGAUGAACAGCAUCAAGGAGCUCGAGCACCGGUUCAACAAACGCUACGGGUAUCCCUGGGUGUUGCUGAACGAAGUCCCGUUCACCCAAGAGUUCAAAGAGCGAAUAAGCAGCGUGGUUGCAGGACCGGUCACGUUUGGACGAAUCCCCCACGAACACUGGUAUCAACCAGACUGGAUAGACGAGGAGGCGGCGACGGCGUCUCGCGAGAAGAUGGCUGCUGACGGCGUGAUCUAUGGAGGCAGUCUCUCAUAUCGCAAUAUGUGCAGAUUCAACUCAGGCUUCUUCUACAAACACCCUCUCAUGCAACCAUACAAGUGGUACUGGCGCGUAGAGCCAAACGUCCACUUCCAUUGCGACCUCGAUUAUGAUCCCUUCCUCUUCAUGGAGCAAAACAACAAGGUCUACGGGUUCACCAUUCAACUGACCGAAUGGCCAAUGACGAUCCCCACACUGUGGGAUGCCGUAAAAGAGUUUAUGCACGAGAACCCGCAGUACCUCCAUAAGAACAAUGCGCUGGAGUUCAUUUCGGACGACAAGGGGGAGUCCUACAACACCUGUCACUUCUGGAGCAAUUUCGAGAUCGCGAACAUGGACUUCUGGCGCGGCGAGGCGUAUAGCAAGUUCUUCGACCACCUCGAGUCUAAAGGCGGUUUCUACUACGAGCGGUGGGGCGACGCACCCGUGCACAGCAUCGGCGCGGCGCUGUUCGCACGCAAGGACCAAAUACACUGGUUCAAGGACAUCGGAUACGAGCACGAGCCAUUCCAGCACUGCCCGCUCGACGCCGAUGUGUACAAGGCGCAGAACUGCGAUUGCAAUCCGCCCUCGAGCUUCAUCUACGGCUCGCAAUGCUUCCCGAAGUGGGAGAACAUGUUCAAGUCAUGACACGUUCCUCUGGGCGUGGCCAGGAUGUACGACGACGUGGAGUGCGACGGCAGCGCGCGGAGCGCGUGAGCGCAGGACCGGCAGCGCGCUCUCCUUGCUCUAGGGUGCUAUCAUUUACCCGCGAUGGCGGUCUCUCGCCCAGGGCCCGGGGCGAGGGGAGGUGCGUAUCUACAAUUUUAGGUGUUUGUUAUUGUAGCUUGGACUGUGCAGUGUAAUAGCGUGGACGGCCGACUGCGGGGGUACGAUAUCUUGUGUCCGGCGUUGCGUGUAGAUAUACCCAUGUGUAGAUGCUGAUCGCAACAUGCGCGUGCCUGUCGACGACACUCGUGUAUAUACGUCGGCCUGUCCGUCCGGGUCCUAAUGUGAUGGUAAUGUGCUGUAGACGUCGGCCGAUGCGUGCGGAAGCUGGUAGUACAUUGUAAGCUGCGGGACUUCUCGACGUCUAUGGGGAUGCGCUACAGCCCAACCUGGAAUACACGAAGCGAGACACGAACGGGGUCACGGCAUGCGCGAACGUCUCCUUCGCCUGUUCAAACGCCUCGUCGGACUCAUGGCCGCCCAAGUCCAGUGACAGCUCCUCCAGCACUACCUCCCUACCCAGCAUGUGUCUCCUGUUCUCCAGAACAGACACCACCCGGGAAAGAAGCCCACCGUACCCACCAGCCGGGAGAGGGCCCGAAAGCUUGAGGCUCUGGAGCUCAGGGAGAACUGUGUUGUCCUCCAAUGAGGCCUGCGCAGGCGGCGAAUGGAGGGCGUCGAAUAUCUGCUCGAGAUGUGCCGUCUCCGUCUCCAUCGUCCCGGACAGUGCAACCGAGAGGGACCGGAGCACGGAGAAGCUCGUGAGCGCACUGCGCCAGUCGAGGUCUUUGACGGCCGCGGGCGAACAUUCG